AUCAAAGUUAUUAAUGUGGAACGAUUCAUAAAAAUAAAGCUAUUGAAUUUAGCAAAACAAAAAAAAAAAUAAUAAUUUAAGUCAUAUGGAAACUUAUCGACUGCUACAUAUAGAAUAAAGGUGGACGUCGUGAGAAAUUAUCUAAUUAACUGAAAUUGGUGCUGUGUGGCUUCCUAUUAAUAGAAAAAUAAAAGUUGUAGGUAUACAAAGACAUUAAAAACGUUAUGAACUGGUAAUGAAAUUUUCAAUAAGUGAGACAUAAUGUAAGAAUGUUAUCUUCUUUUAUAAGAUUCAUUUUUAUGGUUCACGACAAGCUUGAAAAGCUGAGAAGAGGUAUAUUUUUAUAUAUAUAUAUAUAUAUUUUUUUUUUUUUUCCUCCCCGUUAGUUCAUAUUGUCGGUUCACCCCACUGCCCGGACCCGUCCAACAAGGGUUGACGAAUCACAGAUCAAUUAAAGCGAAAAUGUAUAAUGUAUAUGUAUAUUAAUUUAAUACAAAAUGUAUGUUUUCCUAUUUAAACGCUAUGUAGAAGGAGAAAAAAAAGUUUGGGGACGCCAGCGGUGCGGUGAGGGGCCAUCGGCUGCGGCUGCAACGCAUCCCCCGACGACCGGGCGCAAGGUGGUACACGAGGGCUUUUGUUGUAAUAGUCGCUCCACCCUCAUCGCGGCCACCGGAGGCUCGAGCCCGCGCCCCCAACAAAACAGGUUGCACUUGCCCACCGGCCGAACCAGCGAGCAGGUCUCCCGACGAGCUCAUCGCCCACUGCAGCACUGUGUCCACAUGGAACCAGCCAACAAGAUCAGGAGAUGCGUGGCCGGCACGUUUCUGCCGCCCGACUGUGGAACCGCGGCCGUCGAAGUCGCCGAUAUGCUCGGCCACCUGGAAGACAACAUCGGAACACCUUACGACGGCGCCGCUUCGCGCAGAAAAAUGGUGUUGUCUGUGGACAAGAUGGGACAACUCAUGUGUGCGGAAGGGGCCGGCUGUACAGUGGCGGGUUGUAGCUGUUGGAUACUGUCCGUGCCGUUAGCCGACGACUGUCACGCGUACAACUGUCGCAUCAGCCUGCUGACCGCGGGCACAAUCGCCUUGUACACCACCACAGUGGUGACACCCGGACAACCGCUUAAGAUGUGGUUCCCGCCCGACCUACAGCUAAUGCUCCACGUGCCUUUUCUCACGCCCGUCAACAUCAGAGACGAGAGAAAAUACGUUUGUCACGUGUGCGGCUAUACUUGCGAAAAACCGAAUCCUUUAAAAAUCCACAUGGCGUUGGAUUGCGGUAAGCUGCCCAGCGCCAAGCUGUGGUCCAGGCUGGUGCAGGACGAGGACCGCAUUGUGCAGGAAGGCUCGUUCCGGUUUAGCCUGACCCCAGAGUCGUGUAGGACGUCAUCGGAAUCGGCAUUCCGGCCGUAUUCGCCCGCUUCGUCGUCCACCAGUCUGGUGGCAACGCCUCCGCCGGCCAUCGACAACCGGACGCCCAUGAUGCCGGACGCAAGUAACGCGGGCACGGCCAUGUUCGACAGGCGGUUCGCCGAAAUGGAGACGAUCGUCAGCAAUCUGGGCCACUCCGAGCAAGGCCACUUGUGCAUUUACUGCGGCAAAGUGUACUCCAGGAAGUACGGUCUUAAAAUUCACAUAAGGACACAUACCGGAUUCAAACCGUUAAAAUGCAAGUACUGUUUUCGACCGUUCGGCGAUCCGAGUAACCUCAACAAGCACGUUAGGUUGCACGCCGAAGGAGACACGCCGUACAGGUGCGACUGUUGCGGUAAAAUUUUAGUGCGCAAGAGAGACUUUGACAGGCACAUGAAAUCAAGACAUGCUAGACUGGUGUCCAAAAGCGUAUUCAAAAUGCACGUACCCGUGUGAUGAUACAUGUGGCGAGUUUUUUUUUAAAAACCACUAUGACCUCUGUUAAACAUUUGUGAUAUGUAAUUCUAGUCUUGAAAAGUAGUCAUUGUAAUUUGUAUAUUAUGCAUUUUGUUUUGAGAUUAAUUUUUAAAUUUUCUUU